CUUAUUCGGAAAAACGAAAACGAAGACCCAACUGUCUUUCCCUCUCUCACUGUAUGUAUAUAUGUAUCUGUAUGUAUAGGUCUGUGUAUAUGUUGUAUGUAGGGAGGGGAAGAAGAUUUAGCCAUUUUUUUAGAGAGAGAGAGAGAGAGUGUGUGAGAGUUUUGUGAAAGUAAGGCACGUCUUCGUCUCUGUCUUCUCCGGCAAUUCCUACUUUUCGUGUUGAUUUUGGUUGUGAUAUUUUUAGGAGUGGCUAUGGUGGGCGGCGUUUUGAAAUUGUGUUGAAUCGAGCUGGACCUACCACUAAUCCUGUGAAAGUCACUGUUUGGAUCACUUUUGUUUCACGCUUCGAUUUUCUGAAGAAUCUGGAGCUGAAUUGUGCUUUAUUCAGUUUCAAUCCGAUUCUGUAAUCUGUACUAUUUUGCGGCGGAGCUGUGAAAUAGAGGUGGUUAAGUUUGUGCUUUGUAAUUGUAACCGUUGGUCGUUGAACUGAAAUCUCGUCAAAGUCUUUUGCGGCGAUUCUAGAACAUCUGCGAGCUUGUUCGUGAGGAAUUCAGUAACUAAUGCGCUUCCGAUCUUCGUGUUGGAGGCGGAUCUGAUUCGGAUUUCAAAGCUCUCAUCUCCAGCGCAAUAGAUUUGUCCAAAUUCACUCUGUUUUUUACGUUCUGGAAUUCAUCGGAUUGAGAAUUGGACGGUGGAGAUUUACAUGGAAUUGCCUCUUGGAACCGAAGGUAGAAAGGCAACUCAUGAUUUCCUCUCCUUAUACUCACCGUCUUCUUCACAUGCUCCGCAAGAUCCACCGCCUCCGCAAGGUGGCCAGCUGAAAACACACGACUUCUUACAGCCACUGGAACGAGAAGGGAAGGAUGAGAUGCCGACGAAAGCAGCAAGCGGAAUCGAAAUGGAAGGAGAGGAAAAGCCUCCGGUGCCAAUCCCUUCUGCCUCAGCCUCAGUGGAGCAUGUUCUUCCUGGUGGAUUUGGGACAUACAGCAUUUCUUAUUUCAAUCAAAAGCCUUCUUCAAUGCUGGAGGGGAGCUUAUUUAGUACUAAUGCACAAGCAUGCAGCACCACGAGGAACGACGAAAACUCAAACUGCAGUUCCUACACAGGAAGUGGCUUCACACUGUGGGACGAACACGAAUCUUCUGCCAAAAAGGGAAAGACAGGGAAGGAGAAUAUCGCCGCACAAAGACAUGUCCUGCAAGAAGCAGGUGUGAAUGUGUUGGGAAGGCAAUGGACGCCCUUGCCGGACAAAACGUUGCAUACGUCUUCUCACCAAAAGCAUACCCCUGCAACUUUCAGCUCUUUAUCAUCCUCUCAGUUGUCAUCAUCUCAGAACAACCAAAGCUUCAUGGACAUGAUAAUAUCAGCAGCCAAGAGUGAACAAGAAGAAGACGACGAGGACGACGAUCAUGAAGACAGGUUGAUCAUCAAGAAAGAGCUUUCACCCCAUUUAACAGGUAAUAACAUGUCUGUAAAAAUCGAAUCAAGAACCAUCGACCAGAAGCCUAGCACACCGCGCUCGAAACACUCGGCUACAGAGCAACGUCGGAGGAGCAAGAUCAAUGACAGAUUUCAGAAGCUGAGGGAGAUCAUACCUAACAGUGACCAGAAAAGAGACAAGGCAUCAUUCUUAUUAGAGGUUAUCGAUUACAUCCACUUUUUACAAGAGAAAGUAAACAGAUAUGAGAGCCCAUACAGUCCAUGGAGCCAUGAAUCUUCAAAGGUGUCACAAUUGAAGAACUCCCGCGUCGCAGAAGGUUUUACCGAGCACACACAGGGUGGUAAAACUGAGCCGAGGCUAGAAAAGAACAAGAGCGCUAACAUCCCAACCAACGGACGAAACUUGGUGAUCGACUCUAACAUAAAUACUGCUGCAACAUUCAAAGAAAGGCCACUUCAUCCAGGAAUGCAGCCGAGUAUUUUCACUUUCGGAAGAUCCUCGGUUACAUCCGACGCAGAUAAAACGACGAAAUGGCCUCUGCAUCUGCCUCAGCCACAGUUUCAGCAGAACAGAUCACCUAAAGCCAACGACUGCUCCGGCGCUGGAAAUGACUCGACUGUCGAAAGCGGCACAAUCAACAUCUCAAGUGUCUAUUCCCAAGGGUUACUCAGGACUCUUACAAAGGCACUACAGACCUCGGGAGUCGAUUUGUCGCGAUCAUCCAUUUCCGUGCAAAUCGAUUUAGGGAAGAGACCAUACGGCAGCAACACCAUCCAUGCACGCUCUUCGCCAUCUUCAGCAACUAAGGACGACGAAUGUUCGAAGGUGGCUGUAAGUGUAAGCGCCGCCGCGGAAGGCGAUCGAAAUCUCGAAAAUGCUUUGAAGAGAUUCAGAAGCAGCUGAAUGAAGGUGAAGGUGUGUAUGUGGCUGUGGCACAAAGUAUAGUAACGAUCAAAUUUAUUCUUUUUUUUUUUUUUUUAAUUAAUAAAUUAAGUUUUAGAUUUGUUCAUUAUUUUUGUGGUUCCAUUUUUAAUUUACUUUGAAGGCUCUUCUUCUUCCUCAUUCUUUCUUCUUUACUGAAUUCAUCUGCAGGAACCAUUGUACAUGUAUUUAUGUGUAUGUGUAUGUGUGUGUCUUAUUUUUUCUUU